CGUCGAGUCGGCGCGCGUGCGGAGGCUCAGGCCGGUUCGCGGUUGGCGGAGCUUGGGCGCGGGCUGAGGUCGCUGGGGGAUCGGCACGUUCCGUACCAGCGCGGCAGAGCGGCUCAGGCGCACACGCAGCGGUCCGACGGUGUUACGUGGACGGCCUGAUUCGAUACAGGGGUGUUGGCGGAUCGCGCGCCUGCUUCAAGAUGAAGCCGCUGACGUUCUGCCGCCUGCUGAGCACCUCGGCCUCGCGGCGGGCCGUGCUCCGCUCUCACUCAGCCGACAUCGAGACGGCCAGCAAGCCGCUGUUCGAGAUGGUCUGGGAGCGCCGGCUGCGUUGGGGAAACCACCCGGCUUACAUAUGUGGCAUCACCGACAAGACACUGACCUACAACGAAACGUACCGCAACGUGCUGCGCUUCUCCGACGCGCUGCACCAGAGGGGCUACCGUCACGGCGACGUGGUGGCCGCCUGUCUGCCCAACUGUAUAGAGAUGCCGACUGUCGUGCACGCCUGCUCCGCGCAGGGUAUCGCCACCACCACCCUGAACCCGCUGUCCACCGAAGAUGACAUGACCCGCCAACUCGAGAUAUCAGGAGCGCGGGCCGUGGUGGCGCACCCGCUCCUACUGCCCGUGGCUCGCGCCGCCGCCGCCAGGGUGCCGGCCGUGCGCGAGGUGAUUGCCACGGGCGACGACGGGCCACCAGAGGGCGUGCUCAGCUUCAACGAGCUGCUGCGCCUCGGCCGAGAGGUCACACCCACCCUCGACAUCGACAUGAAGAACGACCCGGUGCUGCUGCUCUUCUCCAGCGGCACCACAGGGCUGCCCAAGGGCGUGGUGCAGACCAACUACUGUCUGGGCUCCAACCUGCUGCAGGUCAUCUCGGAAGAUUUCCACUGGGAGGAGCCGGGCAAGGAGCGCUUCCUAGCCGUGCUGCCGAUGUUCCACACGUUCGGCAUGUUCUUGUACACGUUCAAGUCGCUGCUGGUGGGAGCGCCCACCGUGCUGCUGCCCCGGUUCGCCCCGGAGCUGUUCUUGGACGCCAUCCGCAAGUACAAGCCGACGGCCCUGCACCUGGUGCCGCCGCUCAUCACGUUCCUGGCCAACAGUCCGGACGUGGACCACACCACGCUCGACUCGCUCAAGGUGCUCUUCUGCGGCGCGGCGCCGCUCGGCGAGACGCUCAUCAAGCGCACCUACGACAAGACCCAGGGCAAAUUCCUGUUCAUUGAAGGGUACGGCAUGACGGAGACGUCACCGGUGGUCAGCAUGAGCUCCCGCCAGAUGGGCACCGUGCACGGAUCGUGCGGCGUGCUGUUGCCCAACACUGAGCUCAAGUGCGUCUCGGUCGAAGAUGGACGCGAGCUGGAGCAGGGAGAGCGCGGGGAGCUGUGCGUCCGGGGGCCACAGGUGAUGAAGGGGUACUACAGGAACCCUGAGGCGACGGCGGCCACGAUCGACGCCGACGGCUGGCUUCACACCGGUGACGUCGGCUACUAUGACGAACAGGGCGCCAUCUACAUCGUCGACCGCGUCAAGGAGCUGAUCAAAUAUAAGGGAUUCCAGGUGGCGCCGGCCGUCCUGGAGGACCUGCUCCGCCAGCACGACUGCGUGGCCGACGCGGCUGUGGUCGGCGUGCCAGACGAGGAGGCGGGCGAGCUGCCGCGCGCCUACAUCGUGCUCCGCCGGUCGGGCGUGGCCGAAGACGAGCUGGCCGCAUUCGUAAACGGCCAGGUCAGCCCGCACUACCAGCUGCGUGGCGGCGUCCGCGUGGUGGACUCCAUUCCGAAGAACGCCGCCGGCAAGACGCUGCGUCGCCAGCUGCGAGACAUGGCCGAGCGGGAGAUGGCCGAAGCGGAGCCUGCCGACGCGGCCGCUAGAGGGGAGGCCGGGCGCGAGUAGGCGGCCGGAGUGGAGGAGGCGGCGCAGGUAACGCUGGAUGCCGGACGCAGCGCAACGGCGACACAGGGGACGCGAAAGGGGUGUUGAAGGUGUCCUGAGAAGUCCGGAAGCGCACGCUGACGUUUCUGGGCUACUUCCAGCUCACAUGGGCUGUGCAAUGGACAGUGUGCUGCGACUGCACAAGUCUGCUCGCGUAGAUUGCCUGUGGUCUGCCCGCUUACGGAGCAGUCGACUGUCGCAGCACCACUAGCCCAACCCUCCGCAGGAUCUGAAUCGGGCUAGAGGUUCUUGAAGCGACCAUCCCGUGUUGGCGAUGGGUUGACUGUGUCAGGGCUCAGCUCCUGUGGAGGCAUCUGCCGGUGACCGGCAUCAGGAGGGGCGGCGGCGUGCCGCACCUUGCCACGCCUCUGAAGCAUCUCCUGCCGUCGUUUCUGCCAUGGCAGGGUAGGUAGCCGUUAGCCGUGGUAAGUCGACCUGCCUUCUUGUGGGGUUGACGGAUUCACGCGCGGCGUACCAAGUUUGGCGAUGUAUAGGUCUGACUGAGGCGGUUGUUUAAAAACUUUGCUGACGAAACUAUGAGAAUAUGUCAUAUGACAUAUGAGCUGAAAGGUUCUUAUGCUCGGUUAACGACCUUCAGUACACAAGAGGUACUGGUUAAAUGAGGUAGUGCUGCAUAACGCGCCAACGUCCAUACACUGCAGCGUUCACACGCCAUGUACAUAUACUAAGUCAAAACUACUCGGUAACACCACGUUAGCAUAAAGCACUGCAACGUUGUUUACUCAUUACCUCCUGGUAUAUCGAAGUCAUUAACUCAACAUAAGAACUUAGAUUUAACAAUGCUGUGGAGGAGCUGAAGGUCAUUCGGUAUUAAAUCAAUAUUGUUUUCUGACUAGACUUCACUUUCCGUCAUAGUUUGAUUGUGAGCGUGUUUACUGGUGUUUUGUGUGACUAAGUGCAAGCUUGACCUACGCGGCGCCCAUGAUCAGUACCACAAGUUAUACGUUUGGCGUCCGGUACCAUUCAUUCUAACACGGCACCAUGGCACCAUUUGGUACCACCACUGCGUCUUUCGACGCAGUCGAAAGCAAUGCAUCAUAUAUUUUCUGAACCGCCAGAAAUCGCCGAACGUAUCCAUCGACUAGAAAAUUUAACUAAUGUCCUCUUCAAGGAAGCCAUUUUAAUCGGACAGAUCGCGUGAAUCUAAAAUGUAAAAGUGCCAGAGGAGCACUUCAGUAAGGUGCAAUGCUAUCGUAACGAUUGAUGUACAUGACGUAGGUAAGGAAUCAUUGUCAAAAGAAUGGCAUCUGUGUACAUGCUAGAUUCGUCGCUGGAGAAGUAUCCAGGCAAUGCAAGUUCCAAUGCAAGUGUCUAUCGGUGGCAAAGGUGGCGGCAUAAUGUACGUUACACGUGUUACGUACAAUAGUAUGUAUGAGCGCUUGGUUAAAAAAUAAUUUACUGUUAUACUAGUGCUAUUCUGUUAAUGUGUACCCAGCACUGGCAAUGUUUUAGUGUCUUGUUUUGAAGCAGGGUUUUAUGGCGGUAGGUUGAACAUUCGUAUGCAACCGACACACCAAUCUGCAGUCUUAGUCGGAAGUUUUACGUUUCCCAGCUGCUUAGUGAGCAUAUCGGUUCUGAAAAUCACCUCUGAAUGUUCAUAACCUUUCCCGGCAUACAGGCAUGGUACAAACUAUGGGUGGCCUGAUUGCGGCUGUUUGUUGGGGCGCAACUGUCAGAUCCAUCCGCAGUUGACGUGCAUAACGAAAUACACAUCAAAAGCUUAUUGAUGAACUCGUCGCACUACGUUCAGCAUGCUGAUGAGAACGAAUGUGUUGCACGCAAGGGCAGAAAUACCGCAGUUUCGUCCGGCAAACCUGCCUGCUAUGUUGUGUUCGGGAUCAGCGUUCAGUUCAAACCAGCUAUGGUUCACGAUCCUGUCAGUUGUUGAGCUCGUUGAGCAAAGCAUUGUUUCUUGCCACGUGCUGAUUGGAUGUCUGUUCAAAUAUAAAAAACGAACGCAUGGAGACUGCGCAGCAAACGUUCUUUUUGUUCUGAACUCGCCGCUCUAAAUGUGACGUAGAUUGAUGGGAGGCUGCUGUGGGUGUAUCAGGAUAAAGUUUUUGUACAAAUAAACAAGUUGUUUAAAGCAA